UCCAUGGUGCGUAGGAGGUGUAGAGAGUUCUCUUUAACCCUAACAAUCCUUAACCACUCACAGUUGCAACAAUGAGCCUGAACAUACCUGUACGCUUUGUUGGAAUUUCUAUUCGGUCCCACCGCUCUGCCACGGCUGCUUUGUGGGCUUAUCACAGCUAUCACCGAGUAUGGCAACCCAAAGCGCUCUCGACUGAGCACAAUCACCGGGGCUACUCGUCGGUUUCUUCGGGCCGGUCUUGGGCAUUUUUUGCGCCACCAAGAAGUCCGUUUGAAGUACGGCAGGCUAAACCUUGGGUUAAUGGCUUCUUGUCUUCAUACGCUGCUCAAAACAAGGUGUUGAGUAGUCACAUAAAGGUCGAAGCCUUGUCAAAAGAUGACAGCCGCGGCGUCGUAGCGGUAACCUGGUCCGACGGUGAGAAACAAGACUACCCAUUUAUCUGGCUCCGGGACAACUGCUUCUGCAGCCAGUGCUACCACUCCGAAUCACAGGGCCGUCUCUCAUUCAGCGAACUCGAUAUAACCGCCUGCCCGGAAUCGGUCGGAACCAUCGAUGGUGGAGAUACUGUGCGGAUAACAUGGAACCAACACCACCACACGGAUCUUAACUCCGUAUGGCUCCGUACGUUCCGUUUCGACCAGGAACCGUUGGAUGACAUCAGCUCGCCCGUUCAGAAGCUAUGGAGCGCCGAAGUGGCGACUACUCUACCGGUAUUUGAAUUUCACGAGGUCCUCUAUGAUGACACGGUUUUGUUUGAGUUCCUGAAGGCGUUCAAUGAAGUGGGCAUAGCUAAGGUGAAUGGGGUCCCGACGAAGACGAAACAAAUUCCAGUCCUUGCCAAAAGAGUUGGACCGAUGGUGGACACAAGCUUCGGGAUGAUUCAACCUCUGAGACAAGGCGGCUACCAAGAGGAGAAUCUUGAGACGGAGCGUUCCCUCUCCUAUACCAACAAAGGGCUGCAGCUACACACGGAUAUGAGCUGUCUCAGUGAGCCGCCAGCCAUGGCGUUUUUCCAUUGCAUCAAAGCGUCUGAUGACGAUGGGGGUUACAGUCAGUUCUCAGACGGCUUCAAGGCUGCUGAUUUUUUGAGGCAAAAGGACCCCGAAGCGUUUCAAAUGCUGUGCACCAAUCAGCAAGUGUUUCGGCUUGUUGGGGAAGAGCCUCAUGUAGGCGGAUUCGACCACCAUGCAUAUCACACUCCAAUUAAGUUAGACCACGAGGGCCAGCUAAAGAGUAUCUGCUACAGUACACACGCCCGGCUUCCGUCAAUGCGCAUGGCUGUUAACAAAGUGGAGGCCAUGUAUAGCGCCCUCCAGAAGUUUCACAACUUCAUCAACAGUCCAGAAAAUGUGUUCAACGUCAAACUCAAGAGUGGUGAAAUGAUGGUCGUGAACAAUCACCGAGUACUUCACGGCCGUACGGCGUUCGACGUCACAAGCGAGCGCCACCUAGAGUUGGGAUACGUCCAGAUGGACCACGUGACCUCGCGCAUGCGUGUUCUACAAACGAAGAUGCAGAGUUAAUUACGUGGGUUUCACGAUGUGGACAAAUGAAAUCCAAUUCUUCCCGUACAGAUUGUUAGGCAUAAUUGAACUACAAAAUGCCAUUUAUAUUUUUCUAUACCGUUAUGACAAAUUAUAUGAAACAUAUUUACAGAGUUUGAAAAUUACUAUUGGUGGCUUUAUAUUAGGCAUGGCUAUAAAAUCAGCUUCAAAGGAAAGUAUGCGUUCGGUAAUCACUCUUUAAAAUAAUGGUAAUAAACACUUACUUGUAUACUAUAGGCUACAGCAGUUGUGGGUAGCUUAAAGGCAGUGGACACUAUUGGUAAUUACUCAAAAUAAUGAUUAGCAUUAAACCUUUCUUGGUGACGA